GUUGCGGUGGAGUGGACGAUGUUUACUGUUGUGUUAUUUUGAACAUUUCAUAUUGAAACAGAUAAAUGUUGGGGAAUCUUAAAGAGUUUAUAUCAGUAGUCCAAGAUGGCUUAUCAUCAAACAAUAAUUUACGACAAACUUUGCAAGAAGUUCAGAAAGUUAAAAACAUUUUCCGGGACAAGCAAAAAGUUACAAAUGAGAGCAAAGUAAAUUACGGUGCUGGUAGUGCUUUGCUGGAGAAAUACCAGGAGCAAUGGGGGGAAAUACAUGAGAACGCAGAUAGAAACGCCAAAGCUGCUGAGGAAGUAGAUAAAUUGAUCACGGAAUUGUACGAAACUACGAAAACGCGGUUGGAAAAUGCUACGGAGUUGGCACAAAAUUUAGCGCAUUUGCCAAGCUUAACUGUUGCCGUGGCACAGUGUGUGGACAGUUUGAAGAACGUACAAACACUUUUGAGUGAUGUGGAGAACGAGUUGGUGGAGUUCGAGGACAUCAUCGAGCGGAGUAAUAUGGAAAAGUGGAAACUGGAUCACCAUUACCAGUUGACGUUGUAUAAAGAAAAAAAAAUGGCUGGAUUAGAAGAGACCCGUAACCAACUAUUCAAGGAGAACCUUGAAAAGAACAAUGUAAUGGAAAGGCAACAGCUUGCGGAAAUACAAGCAAAGAGAGAUACUAGCGCAGCUGCAUUCCAAAGUGAUAUGGCAAAGUACUUAGCUAGUGGCAAUGUACCAGCUGUCACCACAACUCCACCCAAAGUAACCCUAGACCAAAUACAGCUUGAAAAUGAUGACACAGAUUUGGAGCAAUUCCUGGAAAGUUGAUCAAGAAGGAGCUAAGAGACUUACAACUUAGGUGAUACAAGUUAAUGCAGAGCUUUAUAUUGUAAUAGUAUGUAUAAGAUGUUAUAUUAUUUUUGAAGUUGAUUAUUAAAUAAAGUUGUUUCUAUUGUG